AUGAGUGUCGACCCCGUCAUUCUCGAGGACACCUUUACGGUAAACGGUGUGAACACCGAAGGCACAGUGUAUCUUCGAGUGUCGCGUAUUCGCUGUGUUAAUCAGGAUGGCUCUCUCACAAUAACGUCGGACAUCAACUCCGAGGAGUUCCCUGUUGCCACAAACGAUCGUCUGACGAUUGUGCUGGCCAACUCUCUUGAACUGGGGGGCAAGACGGGCAGCAAGUACUACGACCACAGUGUUUAUCACCGCGAGACGCGACUGAACGACUGUGACUACGCCAUGCACGGCCGCGUCUACGGGCAUGAGGUGGUUGAGAACGGCUUAGAGGUGAAUGUGCACAUUAGCUGCGGUGGCUUACUAGUGAAUAUUAUCGGCAAGCCGCAGGGGCUGCGAGAUGUGCACUACAACAGCGACGUGUACAUCCUGAUUAAGCGCGUCAAGAACUGA